GAAGGGCCAUUGGAAACGUGAGCUGCCUGCCUUCAUCCUGGCGACAGUCAGUUAGCAGGCAAUUAUUAAGCGCUCACUAGGUGCCAAAGGCUGAGGAGUAACAGUCAACUAGUAAUCGCCAGCGAUUAUACGGCGCGUUAAGGUUCGCGAAACGUUGGGACCUUAAGGCAGCCCCGGGAAAUAGGAUGUAACUUCCAGUAGAGUUCCCAUGUGGUCUCAGCCUGACAAAAUUGACUUUGCAAAAGAGACGCAUGCACCAAGAAAGAAGUUUGUAUUUUAGGAGAGUUGUUGACCUUCCAAAACUGUCAUACACAUUUUCAGAACUCUUCUGAAACUUAGCAAAAAUUAUUUGUGAUAUAUUUUAUUCUUUAUCUGUUGGAGGCAUAGAAGUGGAUUAAGAACAGCUGAUCAUAAAUGUUUUGGAAAUUUACUAGAAUUACACUGUAACAUUUGUGUGUUGGGAAUUUCAAAGUCAGAACAAAAAAAGAACUUUCACACUAUGCAUCAGACAGCCAGAUUCUUCCUUCAAACUCUGAAGUUUAGUUUUGCUCGAUUUGGAAAAUACACACAGAAGCAGCCUCAUGUUCAUCAUCAUCUCAUUGAUCAUUGUCCUUGGAUAAAAGUGAGAAAAUGUCACAAUUUUAAAUGUUUGCAAAGUAAAUACAAGAAACUGAUAAUGGGAAGAAACAUCACAAGCCGGAAAUUCUGCUAUGCGGAUCUUCUGAAUACUGAACAAGAGAACACAAAGUCCCUUUUAAUAAAUUACAUGGAUUCAAUGGAAAGACUCAAGAAGAAAAUAGAAGCAUUCUAUGACAAACAUUUACUCACUUUGGAUAAUUUAGAGAUACAAUUUGGUGAUUUUAUUUACUAUGAAGAAGAUGGUUGCAUACUUCGUUUAAAAAUUGGAGAUGGUUUUAAUAAUUGUGAAGUUUUACUCCGUUUGGAAGAGCUUUCAUUAUAUAAUGCUUUUGUUGAACGUAUCAGGAUUUCUCCAGGGGAGGAGUACAUGGCAGCCAGCAUAAAAACCUCAGAUUCUGAAGAGUCUACGUGUGUAAUUGUUAAGCUUGGCAAGUAUCCAGAAGUGGAGGACUUCAUUCCCAAUGUGUUCAGUUUUGAAUGGGUACAGGAUGGCAUUUUAUUCUAUACUUGCCAAAAGAACCUUCGGUGUUGCAAUGUGUUUCGAACUAGCUUUGGAAAUAAAAAAUAUACUGAAUGCAUCUACACAGAACAAGAUCCAAGAUUUUUUGUGGACUUAUAUUGUACAAGAGAUAGGUUCUUUCUUACCAUAAACAGUAACAGUAAGACUACUUCUGAAGUAUGGUUGGUGGAUUGUCAUCAGCCUUGGAAUCUACCAGUCCUUGUCCAAAAGAGAAAUUUUGGGGUUAUGUACCAUAUUGAACAUAGAAACAAUGAAUUAUAUAUUCUCACAAAUUAUGGAGAGCCUUCAGAAUACAAGUUAAUGAAGACAUCAGUCGAUUCCUGUAGUAUAAAGAAUUGGCAGCAUAUUUAUACAUGGAGGAGAAAAACCAAGCUUAUUGACAUGGUGAUGUUCAAGGACCACUGUAUUAUAUUUCUGAAGUACUGCAAUCAACUUUAUCUCAAUACAAUUUCCUUAAAUGAUCAUUCAGUUCAAUUUCUUAAGCUCCCUGCAUGGGCCUGUGCAUGCCAGCUGGACACCCAGCCACAAGACAGCAGCAGUGACACCUGCUCUUUUCAGCUCUCCUCUCCUGUGCAUCCUCCAAGGCAUUAUAUAUAUAUGUUAGGAAAAAGCGGUCUCUAUGAGCAAGCUGAACAAGAGAAGCCUGUAAUGACAGACUGUCACAUGGCACGCUUAGAAGCAAAAAGUAAGGAUGGAACUUUAGUGCCAGUGACAGUAUUUUAUAAAGGAAAUUGUGAGAACUUACAGAAAAAACCUCUUCUUAUUCAUGUAUACGGAGCUUAUGGGAUAGAUUUAAACAUGAAUUUCAAACCUGAAAAGCAAAUGUUAAUUGAAGAUGGAUGGAUUUUAGCAUAUUGCCAUGUUAGGGGUGGAGGUGAAUUAGGCCUCCAUUGGCAUACUGGUGGCUGUCUAGACAAUAAACUCAAUGGCCUUGAUGACUUAGAGGCUUGUAUAAAGUCCCUUCACAACCUGGGAUUUUCUGAACCCACAUCUACAGCCCUUACAGCUUAUAGUGCUGGAGGUAUCCUAGCAGGAACAUUAUGUAAUACCAACCCCAAACUCAUCAGGGCAGUGGCUUUACAGGCGCCUUUUCUGGACCUCCUCAAUACCAUGCUGGACACACAACUUCCUCUCACCAUCGAAGAGCUAGAAGAAUGGGGAGACCCUACAUCUGAUGACAAAUACAGAGACUACAUAAAAAGUUACUGCCCUUACCAGAACAUCAGGCCCCAGACUUAUCCUUCAAUUCUAAUCACAGCCUGUGAAAAUGAUCAACGUGUACCUAUAGGAGGAAUAUUAAAAUACAUUCAGAGACUCAGAAAAGUUAUCAUGGAUCAGAGACACAACCGAGAUCAUGGAAGAAAGAUUCCUAAUAUUAUUUUAGAUGUUCAGACUGGAGGAAGCCACGCUACAGCUUUUGGGGAGGACUCUGUAAUUGAGGUUGCCAAACGUCUCGCUUUUCUGUACAAAGAACUCGGGCUUGAUGACACUGGUCCCCUCAACUAAUACCCAUUUUGCGACAAGAUGGACAUUGCAGUACGUCUCAGGCAGUGCAGUAUCCGUUCUCACACUCUUUGGAAGCUGGCAGAGCUAUGUCAGAGGGUGACAUUCUUUAGAAUUCUCUCACCAUACAAACCUUGUCUUGCCUAGGCCAGUUCAUCCUGUCAUCCACUGGUGUUGCUUCCCUUGAAUCUCUCUGUUCCUAGCUCCAGGCUAACUAAGAACAGAGCAAAGAUUUUAGGUUCGUUUUGGUUUUUUUCAUGUGCCUAAACUUGAUUGAAACAAAAUAAAAUUCUUCACACUGAAAUUAAUAAAAUAAAA